AUGGCCGACAAGGUUUCUGAGGUGGAAGGACCAAGUCUCCACGUUCCCAUUCCAAUUCUUCACGAUCUGGUAGUCUCGUCAGUCGCCCAACAUGGAGACAAGUUGGCAAUAGUGUGCAAGCACCAACCCGCUGAUCUCUUUCCAGCGGUAAAUCAGUAUGGCCGCUCAAGGAUCCAACUUGCAGAGCUGGGUCAUCUCCAAUGGACUCAUACUCAGCUGCAGUACGGCGCCGACCUACUCGCUCAUGCGCUAUGGAAGGAAGGUCUGCGUCCUGGGUCACCGAUUGCUGUGCUACUCAGUGGGAGAGUAGAAUUCCACAUGCUUUUGCGUGCAGCGGUGAAAAUGAAGUGCCCAUUCACGCCUUUGAAUUUGAGAGCACCGCAAAAUACAAAAGAGAUCAGGCAUAUGUUGACGCUAUCGGGGGCCAAGGCCGUUAUUGUGGAGGACGAGUCAAUCGCGAACAGACUUGAAGAAACAGUACCUGAAUUGAUGCGGGACAUGCAGGUGAAGGCCAUAGCGGGGCCGAAGUCUAUGAUCGAUUCGUACUUGUCACUCAACGAACUAGUGUCCAGCGCCGCUGAGGAUGAAAGCUUUUCGGACACAAACCGGGACCUUGACGCCCUUGAUCGCCAUCUCGAUGACACUGUGUUCAUCUGGUUCACUUCAGGCACGACAGCACUUCCCAAGGCGGCACCCCACACCAACAAAUCGCUUACCUGCAACAUUAGGUCCUGGGGAGAAGCAUUCAAACUUGACUGGACACGCCGAUGGCUCCAAAUCCUUCCCAUGAACUCGAUCGUUGGCAGCUCGUGGACACUCGCCUAUCUUGUACCAGGAGGCAGCGUCACACAUGUUAACUACAACUUUGACGUUCAGUCCAUUGCUGCCGCCAUUCGAGAAGGAGAACAUACUGAUGUACUCGCGGUACCGUCAAUGAUAGAUCUUCUUUCUUCUUCCCCAGUGUUAACCGACUCUUCGGUUGGAGGCAUUGAUCACGUCAUUGUGGGUGGCAGCAAGAUAUUACGGUCUCACGUUGAGAAGUCCUUUGGCGUCUUGAAAUGCAAGCGGUUCAGCCCCUUCUUUGGCAUGACCGAGGGUACUUCCGUUUGCUCGGAGACUCUACACCGUGUCCCAGAGAGCCUUGACGAUCCGAUUUAUGCGGGUUAUGCCAACCCAGGAAGCAAAAUCAGGAUCUGUGCGCCCGAUGGAAUUGAGCCACUUCCCAGAGGAACGCCUGGGGAGAUAGUCCAGGGUGGUUUACAAAAAAUUGAAAGUUAUUUGGGAGGUCAAGGCAAAGAUAACUUCUUCACCGAUAAUGGAGAAACGUGGUACAGGUGCGGCGACCAAGCAGUGAUGCUUCCGAACGGAAGAAUUGCCAUUGUCGGGAGAUAUAAAGACAUGAUCAUCAGGGGUGGCAUGAACAUUGCGUCUGCGGCUGUUGAAGCCGUAAUAUCUGAGAGUACAGGCAUUGACUCUCAGGUGAUUGGAAUCCCGGAUGAAGUCGCCGGAGAGGUCCCUGUCGCGGUCAUUAAGUAUGCGGGAAGAGACAGGGAUGUUGCCAUUGGAAUCCAGAAGUGCGUCCUGGACAAAAUGGGCCCUUCAUAUGCGAUAGAACGAGUUGUCAACUUAUGCGACCUUGGGUUGGAAGACUGGCCAAAAACUAGCUCUGGAAAGGUCCUCAAGCGAGAGUUGAGACUGAUGGUUGAGAGCUCCCUUCAAUCAACAACGCCAGCGGAGAGCAACACGGUCCGGAAUGGAGAGUACCUACGAGACAAGACACAGAUUGACGAAGUGCAGCUGCAGAGCAUUCUACUCGAACGUGUUCAGCAACAAGGAAUCCUAGUCUCGAACAUUGACGAAAACUUUCACGACGUCGGCAUGGAUAGCCUGCUUGCGCUCCGACUAAGGAAUGCUAUUGAUCGGGAUCCCAAACUGGGCCUCCAUUCAAAGCUGGCUGCGGAGGAUAUCUUCCAACAUGGCACCGUUCGGCGCCUUGCGACUCUCCUGGCAGCCAAUCAACAUGGCAGCAAGAUGUCAACAGCUACUUCGUCCCAAUUCGACGCCAUAGUUGACGAAAUGGCCUCGAUGGUCGAAGAAUACGGCGAGUUCCGUAUACACAAGGCCUCGGAGAAUGCUAUUUCUCAUAAGCACACAGUCCUCCUCACGGGUGCAAGUGGCUCUUUAGGUGCACAUAUCCUUUCCCAGCUAAUCGACCGCGAUGAUGUUACGGCGAUUUAUUGUCCGGUGAGGGGCCGUGAACCGGCAAAGCGACUCGAGGAAUCUCUCAGCAAGCGUUUCCUCAUGGCACCGGAAUAUCCUGAAAAGGUCAGGAUCAUCAACUUCGAGGCUGGAAAAGCAUGGCUUGACUAUGACGAAACGACAAAAGAAGCGCUCCUCAAUAACCUCACCCUUAUCGUUCAUGCUGCAUGGCCAGUCAACUUCCACCUGCCCCUAGCAUCGUUCCGCCCUCAUCUCGAUGAUCUCCAAAGGUUGAUUCAACUAUCUUUAGAUGUGCGGCUCUCCAACCCUGCUCGGAUGAUGUUCUGUUCCUCAAUGGGUGUUGCAUUAAGCACCCGUGGCCAAAAGCGGAUCGCAGAAGAACCCAUCAUGGACUUUCGCCAAGGUAUGAGUAGCGGAUAUACACAGUCCAAGGUUGUUGCGGAAUACCUCAUACAGAGGGCAGUUGAAGACUUCGGAGCGUUGGCGUGCAACCUGCGAAUCGGUCAGAUUGUGGGAGACACCAAGUACGGUCUCUGGAACGAGCACGAAGCUAUCCCGCUUAUGAUACGCUCUGCUUUGAGUAUAGGGACAUUGCCUGCUUUGGAUAUGAAAUGUUCAUGGAUUCCUGCGGAUACUCUGGCCAGAGCCAUCAUUGAGAUUGCAACGAUUCCACCGCGCCACCAGCCACCGAGACUGGUCUACAAUAUGUGUAGCAGGCUCACUUUCUGUUGGACGACAGAACUUUUGCCGGCACUCUCAGAUGCAGGACUCCAGUUCAAGACUGUAUCCUUCUCGGAGUGGAUUACAAGCCUCAAAAGCUACAGCGCAACACACGGGUUGGAGGUGGCAACCAUACGUUGUCCCGCCAUUAAACUAAUCGAUUUCUGGGAAAAGUCAUACGGGGGCAAAGAAAAGCGACACGAUGGUGGCCUGGAGUUCGACAGCCGCCAAGCCCAAGCUGUCAGUAGAAGUAUGGCGACGGCUCCUGACGUGAUCAAAAGUGGUUUGAUCAAGGUCAUGUUGCAUUCAUGGAUGAAAAACUGGGGUCAUCACGAUGAUGUGCCGUCCGUCGCGAGCGAGAGUCUAGGAGGAUUGAAUAUGGUGAAUGGACAGCAACAUUGA